AGCACAUUCUCCCUCUCUCUCUCUCUAUCUCUCUCUCUCGCCGAGGCUACAACAGCCACAAUGUACAGAGCCACGGUGCUGCUACUACUUCUUUGCACCGCCUGUCACGUCGCUUUCUCGGUGACCGACGGUUUAUUGCCAAAUGGGGACUUUGAGUACGGCCCAAAGCCAUCGCAAAUGAAAGGAACAGCAGUAACAGCAAAGAAUGCUAUCCCUAACUGGGAAAUUUCAGGCUAUGUUGAGUACAUAAAAUCAGGCCAAAAACAAGGCGACAUGCUACUAGUUGUGCCUGGUGGAGCUUUUGCAGUUAGAUUAGGCAAUGAAGCAUUCAUCAAGCAGAAGAUUAAUGUCACAAAGAACAGCUAUUACUCUAUAACUUUCAACGUGGCUCGCACCUGUGCCCAAGAGGAGAAGCUAAAUGUUUCUGUUUCACCGAAUUCAGAACCAAACGAUUGGGGAGUCCUGCCAAUGCAAACAAUGUAUAGCAGCAAUGGGUGGGAUACAUAUGCUUGGGCUUUCCAGGCUGAUGCUUCUGAAGUUGAGAUCACUAUCCACAACCCAGGUGUGGAGGAGGAUCCUGCCUGCGGCCCACUUAUUGAUUCUGUAGCACUGAAGUUUCUAUCUAAUCCCAAACGUACCAGAAGCAACUUGCUAAAGAAUGGAAAUUUUGAAGAGGGACCAUAUGUGUUCCCCAACGCAGACUGGGGCGUCCUAAUACCACCCCAAAUUGAAGAUGAUCACAGUCCUUUACCUGGCUGGAUAAUUGAAUCUCUCAAGGCAGUAAAGUACAUAGACUCAGCUCACUUUUCAGUCCCAGAAGGCAAACGAGCCGUUGAACUUGUGGCAGGAAAAGAAAGUGCCCUUGCACAGAUAGUUAAGACCAUACCCGGAAAGACCUAUAUCCUAACCUUCAAUGUGGGAGAUUCUAACAAUUCAUGCGAGGGAUCCAUGGUAAUAGAGGCAUAUGCAGGAAAGGAUAAAAUUGAAGUUCCUUAUCAAUCCAAGGGCAAAGGAGGGUUCAAGCGUGCCAGAUUCCAGUUCAAGGCUGUGUCAACACGCACGAGGGUUAUGUUCCUGAGCUCAUUUUAUACCAUGAAAAGUGACAACUCUGGUUCUCUCUGUGGUCCUGUAUUAGAUGAUGUGAAGUUACUUAGUGUUCGUCAACCACGUCGUCUUCUGUGAUAAGGUUUAAUUAAUUAGUUGCAUUGCUUAUGCAAUUGUGAUGUUGAUCCAAUUUGAGCUUAAUUAUGCAAUUAUUUUCAACAUAUCAUAUACUAUAGGAUUCUUGUAAUAGGAAGGAGAUGCCUUGAUAUGUGUUUAGAAUUUAAUUUCCCUUUUAUGUUACGAGAAUAUUUGUCA